UUGAUGAUUAGCUGAGGGGAAAUUUGAAAGCGCUUUGAAGAUGACACAUUCUGAAUUACUGACUGACGCGGGGUGCGAUGUUGUAUUUAAAAUAUAAACCCCUCAGUUUUUCCCCACACUGUCUUUUUCUUCCUCUCUUCACCAUGGUAGGCUCCACUUCCGUACUAAAAGCUAUACCACAAGAUAUCCUCAAUCGACUAUGGACGGCCAAAGAAACUCGUGUAUCGUUGAAGCAUUUGUACAUUCUCGGAAAACAAGUGAAUAAAACUCGUCAAACCCCUUCGCCAGCUAUCAAGAUCCCUUCAGAAUUCCUUUGCUCAGAACUCCCUAUACGCUACGGCCAUAUGCUCAAGAUGUUGCACGCACAUCCUCUUGCCACCACGUCGCCAGCCAUGCAAACAGUAGCCAACCGCUACGUAUCCGAUACGCAACUUCUGACUCGCCUUUCCGUACCUUCUACCGAGAUGGAGUCCAGUCAGUUUCUAGAGGUGCUCCGUACUUUACGGCGUCGGCAAUGUGGCAGUCUGUUACGUCUCAGGCACGGUCUAUUGACAGAAACCCAAGGCGACGAACGGGCCCAAGAUGCAGUACAAGGGUUCUUGGAUCAAUGCAACGGCCUUGGAGUGGGUGUGAAUCUCUUGAUCGGUGAACAUCUGUGUCUACAUGACAAGGGCCAUAACUUGGUGCAGCAAAUCGAUCCCGUCAAAGUGGCCCAAAAUGCCAUACAAGAAGCUCAACGCUACUGUGCUGAGACGCAUAACGUGACAGCCCCUCAAGUCCAACUGGUAUGCAAGUACCCGAAUCUGUCUACCACCUAUGUCCCGGCCCACCUUCACCGCAUUUUAUUCGAGCUGUUGACCAAUUCGUUGACCGCGACCAUCAAGCACCAAAAAACCGCUCCUGUGAAAUUGACGCUCGUGAAAGGUCAUGAGGAUGUGACCAUUCGAUUAUCCGAUGAAGGUGGCGGUAUUUCUGCUCGUGAGAUGCACAGUGCAUGGCGAUACCAUAUCAAUCCCCACCACAAAGCUCUUCUAGACCACGACCAAGACGACGCCCAAGUGGAGUUUGACUCCAAACGAGGUCUUCGAUUUGCCCGUCUGCUUGCCCGCUACUUUGGUGGUGAUUUGAACUUGAUUUCAAUGGAGGGUUACGGCACGGAUGCUUUCCUGGCCCUCAGCCGGGACGAUGCUGUCAUGGAAAACUACCCUGUCUCCAACCUAACCGAAACCGAACUUUACUAGAUCUCAUGUGUGGACCCCAUGUUUCACACGCCACAGUU